UAAUUAUAUACUGACUUGCCAAUUACCAUCAUCAAUAACAUUGCACUACCAAUUGUCAAAAUAUUUACUAAUACCAUAAUUUCACUCCCAAUAAUCUCAUGGCCUCCUAUAUAACUGCAAAUCUAACUCGAAUUUAGGGUUUCCCAUUUUCUUCAAUUUAUCAUCAUCUUCUCCAAUUCCAAACCCUCAUUUCCAUCUAACACAACAUAUUCCUUUGACUAUACAAAAGGUACAUAUCCCGAAUUUUCACUUUUUUCUAUUUCCCCAUUUUUUUUAUUUGAAUUCAAUCUUUAGUGAGCUUUCAUUUAUACAUAUGCCUAGAAAAAGAUUCAUUAAUUGAAUUUUGAUGCAAGAUUCUUGUAGAGAAUGGUUGGGUUUAUUUCGUGUCUUUUUCCAGAUUUUGGUUGACUUGGACAUGAUUUUACUGGAAUGAUACUUAUUGUUCUUGAUCUUGAUCUGAGUAAAUCUUGAGCCAAACCCAUAUCAAUAGUUAAUGUAUCCGGAAAGUGAAUGUUCUGAGCUUGAAUUUGUGAAGUAUAAUGAAGCCACUCAACACACUUUACCUCAUGUUGAUAACAAUAUGAUCAAGGAUAACCAUAUCCAUGUUUACAAUAUUAAGGAUGAUGGGUCCUUUGCAAAUGAUAACGAGACUCGGAUGUUAGCAACUGAUGAAAGAGUCGGUUCCAAUGCUUUGACAGCUGAUUAUCAUGUAAAGGGUACUGUUGAGGUUGUGCAGCCAAUGCAUUCACCUCCUUUAGCAUCUAAAUCUUCUGGUGGACCAUCACCUUCUACCACCAAAGGUUAUGGCUUGAAGAAAUGGAGGCGUAUCAAGAGAGACUUUGUUAAGGAUCCCACUGCCACUACGGACAGCAGUAAAAUAUUGAAGCGGGGUUUGUCUGGUUCAGCAAAUCCAACCAAACCUCAACAUAUGACAUCACCUGAGAUCAAGCAGAAUAGUGAGAGUCCUGUUGGACCGGUGAAUAUGUUGAAGAACGCUAGUGUUGCUCAUGGUUUCAUGAUGCCUAGCCCCCAUUUAGAUUCUAGGUUGGCAGUUGGGGCUGCUUUUGCUGCUGCUACACAUUCAGAAAAUAGUGAGGACCCUAGUAGCAAGUCAUCUACAGCAGCUAGUGUGCCAAAGGUGAGGUAUGACCUGCCUGCAGUUUCGGGGUAUGUGCACCAGAAAAACCUGAUGAAGAAUUUAAGUGGGAGGAGUGUAGGUAAUUCAAGUCAAAGAGUUCAACAGGGAAAGGGUUGUGGUGGAAGCAGUAAGAAGCCUAGUGGAGAAAGGGGCAAAAUUAAGAAGGAAAAAUCUCAUUCCAGCAUGGAAUCUGACUCAAGAAGCUUCAACUUUGUCUUUGUGCGUGAUCCAUUUUCAGUGACAAGUAAUGGAAAGCAAAGUGGAAAGUCCAUGAAUUGUGAAGGGGAAAAUAGUGAUGAAGCUCAUGAAGGCGAACACCAAAUCAGUGAGGAAGAUCAAACUGCUUAUAGGAAAGAAAAUUCUGGUGAAAUUGAAGAACUUCCACCUGAUUAUUUAGCUGCAGAUUUAUCUUGGGAGACUAAGGUAGAAAAAAGUGAGAAUCACCGGCCUUCACCAGAUCAAGACCCAUUGCUCGAGUCUAUUCUUGCUCUCCAAUCUGUCCAGGAAGCCUUCGAAAAUGAAGUCAAGAAAUUAGGGGAGAUAGGAAAGGAACCUACAUCUCUACAUGAUGAUUCAGUUAACAUUACCAGUGUUCGUGUGGGUUCUACUUUUGCUGAUAAGGAAGUCCAUGAAACUAGCUCAUCUGACCAAUUAGCUUCUGAAAAGAUAAGAAAAAGUGUUGCAGGCUCCUUGGAAACUGUGGCAUUCACUUUAACUCAGAAAGUAAAAUAUUUGGAGAGCAAACUGGAGGAAGCAAGGGCUGUAUUGCAGGCAAAGGAAUCAAGGAUUUCUGAACUGGAAACCAGUGUAAACAGUAGCAUGUCAAGGAAGGAAGAAUCAGGAGGCACUGCAGAGUUGCAGCAAGAUAAAUAUAGAGAAAUGGAAUUUGACCUUGAGGGUCUCUUUCAACAGAAAAUGGAGGCUGAAAUUGAGUUUCUAGCUUUAAACGGGGCAGUACAGAAGUUGAGAGUUUCUUUGGGCAAUCAAAUCACACUAUUUGAAGAACAAAUAUCAUUGGCUGGGGGGCAAGCACAGACGCUGAAUAAACUUGGAGAGGCAGAAAGCAAGGCUGCAAUGCUAAAGAAACAAUCUGAGGAGUUGGAAAAGUAUUGUGGAGAUGUUCUAGGCACUGAAGAGGUUUUGAAGAUGCAGAGGAGGGUAUGUAAGGUUACGGCAUGCUUUUUUACACAGUUGGUAUUUCUGGUUUUAGUGCUUUGGUUCGUUGUGUUGCAGUUGUCACCCCAUUCAGGGGUGGUUGUUCCCACAUGAGUUAAACAAAAUAGGUCCUUUUUUUGUGUAUUAAUGUUUCUAGGCAAUGAUCCAAUUGUAAGAUUUCAUUGUUGUUAUAAUUAGAGCCAUUUCUUUUCCUUUUCCCCUCUUCUGUUAAAAGUGGAAACCUUUUCAAAACUCUUGAUUUGAGCUCCUCCCCAAAUAUUUGUACUUACCUACAAGAUCGUUUUUUCUGGCAAGUAUACUGCAAUUCUAAACUAGACAUAUUUUAUCGCCUCAAAUUGUUGGUGUAUCUUGGCCUGAGAAUGCAUGGUCAAGGUGUGCUGCUGGCUUGGCUUUGUGUAUGUACAAUUAAUGUCUGAAAUGUGCUGCUUGAGUAAGAUAGCUUUUACCAUCAACUAUGUAAUAUUGGAGAUGAAGAGCUCAUGGGAUACUGAUUCCUGCCGCUUGAGGCAUUGAAGUUUCGAGGAUUCGAGUCUAGAUCAUUCAGAUAUUGUCAUCAAUCUUUAACCCUCGAGAAGAAAUACCAAUUCUGAAGCUGCUGGGCUGGCGCCUUAAAAUCUCGAACAAAUCAACUUUAUGUAUCAUUAGGCUAUCAUCG